AAAAUAUUAAACAAAUGACCUGGACAUAUGUGCUUUGCGUAGUGUUAACGGCGUCAGCUGCCGUUAUCUCCUUCCCAAAAUAUAUACAAGGGAAUCUCUUUCUCUCUCUCACCAUUCAAUCACUUCCAUUUUUUCAAAAUCUAUUUUUCCCUCACUUCUCUCUCUCUCCUUCUCUCGCUUGAAUAACAAGGUUGGUAUAUUUGUUAUAACGGGCUAAUUAAUCAAUCUCUUUUAAUUCACAAAUAAAAAGAAGAAAGAGAGGAGACAUUUUUGGGGUCGAUAUCUUGAAAAUGGGAAAGAAAGAGCAGAAGGAUCAUCAUUCAACAGUAGAGAGCGACGACAAGGUCGAAGCUGUUCUUCAUCUCCUUCGUAAACAUUCUCCUCUAACUCUUAAACAGGAGAAGUUCUGUAACAGAGCUUGUGUCGGUAGAUUCUUGAGAAUAAAAGGAGACAAUGUGAAGAAAGCAGCUAAACAGUUAAGGUCUUGCCUUUCAUGGAGAUCUUCUCUUGGCAUUGAGAGCUUGAUCGCCGACGAGUUCACGGCGGAGCUUGCUGAAGGUCUUGCCUACGUCGCUGGUCUUGACGACGAGUGUAGACCCGUUUUGGUUUUCCGCAUUAAACAAGAUUAUCAGAAGCUACAUACGCAGAAACAGUUGACUCGUUUGGUGGUAUUUACAUUAGAGGUUGCAAUCUCAACCAUGUCCAGAAACGUCGAACAAUUUGUCAUCCUUUUCGAUGCUAGCUUCUUCAAAUCAGCAUCAGCUUUCAUGAACAUACUUGUGACUACACUUAAAAUAGUCGCAGAGUAUUAUCCUUGUCGUCUUUUCAAAACCUUCGUCAUCGAUCCUCCUUCUCUUUUCUCUUACCUUUGGAAGGGUAUUCGCACAUUCGUGGAUCUAUCAACGGCCACGAUGAUCGUAUCAAUGCAAGAUUUUCAAGACUCGUUUGACUACGACGACUUCUCUUCGUCUUACCCAUCACGAGUCUCCUCCCUACGAUUCGACACGUCAUCACUCAAAUCAACGGACAAGAUCGGUUCUUGUGCAUCCUCUAGGUUCGCUUUCACCGUAUCUCGCGACGGUCUCGACACUAUCAAACCAUGGUGUCUUACGUUGACUGACACGUCAUCAUCCAAACUAGGACACAACACAGGCGCGUAUAUCUCACCGCUAAACGCGCGUUCUUUCUCUUUCGCGUCACCGGCGGCAAGAAGCGAGCCAUUCGGUGGUCCAAGGAGGAGUUUCUUUGCUUCCACUCCGAUGCCAGCUAGGACCACCGACCGUCACUCUAUCGGAACCCUCCGUGACCCGCGGAUACCUCGCCCGUCUUUCUUCCAAUCUCCGGCGGUUUUCUUCAGGCGAGAGUCACACGUCAGCAAAAGUGAGAAGCCACGAGAUUCGUUCGUUCAGUUUCUCAAGUUCUAUCGUAGACCGUACGAUGAGAUGACUUAUAGGUCAAAGAUGCGGCCACCGCUCGGUGGUCUUGUCUCCAUUGUUUCAACUCAGAUUAGACGCCGCCACGUGUCUUUAUCUCAACGGUUCUAACUGUGAUCCAAAUCCAUCUAUUAAAGUAGUAUAUAAACUUUUGCCGUGAUUGUUCUUUUUUUUUUCUUUACUUAUCAUCUUUAGUUCGUCAAGUGUAUUUUUCUAAUAAUUUUGAUCAAUUGUCUAUGGUUUUGAUUUCAAUUAUUUAUCUAAAUUGUUAGAAGUGAAAGUCGUACCGUUUGAAUUUUGAAUGCUUUGUAUCAAGGUUAUUAUUUGAACUUUAACAUUUUAGUAGCUUUUUAA